AUGAACUCAAAUUAAAAUUUGAUCUUAAGAGUUACCUUUGGAGAGGUAAAACAAAAAUUAAGUAUUGAUGAUCCUUAAAAACUGAUCAAUGACUUAAAAAAUUAAAUAUGUAAGAACUUUUUAGAGAAUGGAAUUAAUAUUGAUUAGAAUUAAGUGUUGCUUUAAGAUGAAGAAGGAUAUAUUUUAAAUGAAAGCGAAACAAUUGGAAAUUUACUGAAGACAAAUGAUAUAGUAAAGGUAGUGUAAUAGGAAUCAAAAUAAAAUAUAGUAAAUCAGUAACAACAGCAACAAAUAGUAGCUUAAGAUGACUAAUAAGAAUAAUUAUAGUAAGAUUUCAAUUAAAAUAAUGACCCUGUUGAGGCUAUUGUUGUAUUAUUUGAUACUUCUGGAUCAAUGGGCUCAAAGUACUUUAAUGAAAGUGAACUAUCUAGAAUUGGAGCUGUUAAUGCGUUUUUCUCAGCCUUUGCAGAUAAAACUUUGGCUUUCGAAUUCAAUCAUAUUGUAAAACUUGUAUGGUUUGAAUCUUUUAUAGCAGAUAAAUGUGACUUCACAAACGAUUUUAAUAAUUUCAUUAAAUUAGUCGAUGAUGCAUCCCCAGGAGGCGGAACUAAAUGUUAUGAUGCAAUAGCCUAUGCAAUUGAAUAGUUGAAAGAAAUCAAAAAAAAAUAUCCAAAUAUUAUCUUAAGAAUAAUUGCAUUAACUGAUGGAGAGGAUAAUUAAUCAAAAGAAAAUCCUUAAAGUUUAGUUACCAGAAUAUUUGAAAAUUAGAUUAUAAUAGAUUCCUUCGUUGUAAGUAAUGAUUGUGUUGGUUUAAAAACUUUGACUCACGCAACCAAUGGUAGAUGCUAUUGUCCUUAAACAUUGGCUGAAGGCAUGUCUUUAUUUGAAAUAGAAAGCAUAUUAAGCAUAAGCCAUAGAGAAUAAAAGGAGUAUCCAAAAGAACUUCAAGAUUUAAAUUCAUUGAAAAAUAAACCUUUUGAUACUGAUGGAAUGAAAGUUGUAUCUAUGGAUGUCUAAAAAACUGCAGUUAUGAAAAAAGAAGAAAUUUUAAAGAAAAUAUCACAAAUGCAAAACGCACCUUAAAAUUCUAGCACAACCAAUUAGGGUUUAAAUAACACAGCAAGAAUAUUAAAAGAACUCCAAGAAGUUACAGCAUAGGGCGAUAAAUUGAAUUUUAAAUGUUAUCCCACCGCUGAUGAUAUCAAAACAUGGAAGAUCUUAAUAUAUGGUCCUAAAGGCACCGUUUAUGAAGGUGGAUUAUACAUUUUAAGCUACGUUUUUCCUCAAAAUUACCCUUUCAGACCUCCAAAAGUGUAGUUUAUCACUAAAUUAUAUCAUCCAAAUGUCAGCAGAGGUGGAUCACUUUGUUUAGAUGUUUUAAAUAAUUCCUGGAGUCCUGCACUCACAACUACAAAAGUACUUGAUGCAGUUUCAGUAAUGCUUUAAAAUCCUAAUGCUGAUGAUGCUUUGGAUUGUAAUAUAGCUGCAAUUUAUAAGCAUGAACCAGAGUUGUUUAAAUAAAACGCCUUAAAAGAGAAAUUAGAAGCUGCUUCUCCAUCUGAGGACAAUCUAUUAGCCAAUAUUUUGGGAGCAGUUGAUGUUAACUCCCAAGAGUAUAUAGAUACAAAGAAAGAAUUAUAAACCUGGUUGGAAUAUUAAAAAUCAAAUUGA